AUGACCACUCGACCUGUCCCCGACAUCAUCCCAGAGAUCAAAAAGUGGCUCGAUGCCAACUUGGAAAAGAUCACCUCAUUCUGGCUACACGCUGACUGGCGAGGCUGGGCUCGAUUCGAUCUGUACGCGCAUCUCGCAAAGGGCAUGUGCCGGGAAGUCAGGCCAGAUCACCCUAGAUGGGACUACGUUGUCUCCCAUAGCGUUCGUGUAUGGGGAGAGAACGACCCCGAGGUGGACCUGACAGUGGAACCUGCUGCCAACCAGAACCUGGACAACGUGGCUAUUUGGAUUUGCACCGCAACCCCCGGUGAGAACGACACCAGCUUUCCAAAUUUUGUCGAGAAAUUUCAGCGAGAGUGGAAGUUGGUUCAGGAUCUUACUAAGAAGACUGGCGGUAGCGAUGGCGAUUUCCAAGGCGGGAAGCUCCUCUUUCUUGGAAUCGGGGAGAAGGCAUACGAUGAAGAGGAAUUGGCCUUUGGCGAUCUUAAGCCGCAGUACUUUGGUUUUGGGGGCAGGACUGAGUAUGAGGUCGCUGUCUACAUGUACUAUCUAUGGCUUGACCUUCCAGUGGGGGAGUCAUGA